GUUUUCUUUGAACAGUUUGUCCGUCAUCGCACUGUUCUGACAUCUUGUAUAAUGUCGUGUAGUAUACUAUCAUGGGUAAAUAUGAAAAGAUUAUCAUAAACAUAUUCUCGAGUUAUAAUGUAUUAACUUCCAUAUACAUAUCGAAAUGCCCUCGUAACAUAAGCGAUUAUACAACGGAAUGACGUGAUUCCCCUAACCGUCCCGUCUAGAAUUCGUUGCGGAUUCUUGGAAAUCGGUGUAUGUCCGUAGGUGAGAACAAAUAUGUGCAUGUGAUAGUGAUCCGAAUGCCUGGCAGUUUCUAAUUUUGAGAGCGUCGCGUACGCUCGCAGAAAAUUUGGCUACGGCCCAAUGGUUUCGCUUUUGCCGAGCCUGCAACUCUGUAUUGUUUGUGUUACAAAAGGUUGGAAAGCGUACAACAAGAUAUUUUGGAUUUAUUUACUCAAAAAUAUGUUACAAAUAAAGUAUUAUCCAGGAGAAGGAUACAAUUUUCAGUACAUGCCAGACUACAGAUUUUAUUGUGACGAAAAAAUACUGAGACCUUUGAGUUCCUAUUACGAUUAUCCAUUCCCAACAAGAAUUUGGGUUCCUUAUGGAAAAUUGAGGGUAUAUACUAACUAUCUACCUUUUAGAGGACCCUUCAGGGAACAAAGAAUACGAAGGGUACUGUAUAACAUACCACAAACUUUAGAACCUUGUUAUCCAUAUAAUUUAUGAAUUACUUAGGUGUCUUAUGUUUCAACUUUAAAUAAAUGAUUUAUAAACUUCGUGAACCUUCUUGUAUUUUACAAAUGUAAUCUUAG